UAUUUUAUUUUAUUUUUAUUUAAACUCAAAUCAAAAGUAAUAAUAACUUAUUUUAUUUAGUAUUUACAACAAAAAGAUCCUUCCAAAUCAAAACCACCAUGAUGAAAUGCUACAUUAGACCCUAUAUCAUUGUCUAGUGUGCUCUAAUUUUGAGGCACACAUGAGAAUUAUGGAUAAGCAGUUGCAUAGGUUGUUUGUGUUGAUGAAUGUUCUUAUUGUGUUCAGCUUCUUUGAUCUCUCAACAGUAGCAGAGAGUGAGAAUCAUGUUUCUGCAGUAGGAGAUCCAGGAAUGAAGAGAAAUGAACUGAGAGUAGCAUUUGAAGCUUGGAAUUUCUGCAAUGAGGUUGGGGAAGAAGCUCCUCACAUGGGUAGCCCAAGAGCUGCUGAUUGCUUUGAUCUUUCAAAUUCUCUCAAACACAAGGUAACAAAAGAUGAUAACAAACUUGGGGUUGGAAAACCAAUUCCUGGUAUAAAAUCAGAUUCAAUUGAUAUAAACAACACAGACCUUUAUGCUGUUGAAAAAGAACUGUAUCUUGGUUCAUUGUGUGAAGUUGAAGACACACCAAAGCCUUGGCAAUUUUGGAUGAUAAUGCUGAAGAAUGGAAACUAUGACACAAGCUCUGGUUUGUGUCCCAUGGAUGGGAGAAAGGUUCCCCCUUUUGGUAGUCAUGGGAGGUUUCCUUGCUUUGGGAAAGGCUGCAUGAACCAACCCAUCUUGUGUCAUCAACAAACAAGGAUAAAAAAUGGAACAAUGCAUGGAAUGUUUCAUGGUACAUAUGAUUUGGAUUCUGAUUGCAAGGGUGAGAAAGAUGGCUUGUCUUACUAUGAAGUUGUGUGGGAGAAGAAAGUUGAUGAUUCUGCGAGUUGGAUCUUCAAACAUAAGCUCAGAACUUCAAAGAAAUAUCCAUGGUUGAUGCUGUACCUUAGAGCUGAUGCAACCACAGGAUUCUCUGGAGGGUAUCAUUAUGACACAAGAGGAAUGCUUAAAAUUCUUCCAGAAUCACCAAAUUUUAAGGUCAAGUUGAGCUUAGAUAUAAAAAAGGGUGGGGGUCCCAAGAGCCAGUUCUACCUGUUGGACAUAGGUAGCUGCUGGAAGAACAAUGGUGCUCCUUGUGAUGGAGAUGUUCUAACUGAUGUAACCAGAUACAGUGAGAUGAUCAUAAAUCCUGAAACACCAGCCUGGUGCAGCCCAAAGGGUUUGGAAAAUUGCCCUCCAUUUCAUAUCACACCAGACAACAAGAAAAUCCAUAGAAAUGACACUGAAAACUUCCCCUAUUCUGCUUAUCACUUUUACUGUGCUCCUGGUAAUGCUCAACAAUUAGAGCAACCUGUUAAAACUUGUGAUCCUUAUAGCAAUCCUCAAGCACAAGAGAUUGUUCAGUUGUUGCCUCACCCUAUAUGGGGUGAUUAUGGCUAUCCAACAAAAAAAGGAGAUGGUUGGGUUGGAGAUCCAAGAACUUGGGAACUUGAUGUUGGUGGUCUUUCAAGUAGACUAUACUUCUAUCAGGAUCCUGGAACAGUUCCUGCUAAAAGAAUAUGGACUUCUGUGGAUACUGGAACUGAGAUAUUUGUCAGCACAAAAGAUGAAGUAGCAGAGUGGACUCUUAGUGAUUUUGAUGUUAUUCUUACAGAACCAAAGUCAUGAAUCAAAUUUAUUUAUUUACUUAUUUAUUUAUUUUUAUUUUUUUCCUGCUUUUUUUCUGUUGUAAGAGUUAGAUUGAUUGGCAGAAACUAACUAGCAAGGAGGAAUUAUCUCACUGAGACAAAAGGGCAAGACAUCUUAAUCUUGCUAAUAAGCUUUCAGAAA